AUGUAUGAAGUUGUAUUGAACAACUUAAUAGUUUCCAAGAAAUCGGUAAAUCAUUUGAGUUAUAUUGGCGGCUAUAAACCUCCAGCCAUAGUUAAAAGGAUACUUGAAAAAGUGUUCACAAACAACCUUGCUGUCAAUUGUAACUGGACAGGGAAAAAAUUAAAAGACUUCCCUAAAGGAUCUUCGUAUAGUAAAGAUAAUAAAAGCCUCACCAAGAUGCCCACCAAGACUACGAGACGUACUGCAGUGUUUCUCAUAAAAGGCAAGGACACUGGGCCAAACUGA